AUGUAUAUCCCAAAUACCACAUGGACAUGGGCGUUCAUGCUUGCCGCAACCAUACAAGCCGCAGCCGUUUUGGCCAUUGAAUCAUAUGUAUUCGCAAAGUUUCAAACGAGUCUGGUUAAAGGCAAAGAACAAAUAGCCCUCGAUCGAACAAUUCCAACCUAUCUCACCCUGUUCAUUUUUGGUUUCCUCUAUCAGGUUGUCUUGGUAUACGAUUCGCUGCGACUUAAGAACACAAUUCAGGUUAUCGGUCUCUGCAUGUACAAUGGUGGAAUGUUGAUAUACGCCUCGAUUCAAUACGAUCAAAUUCAAACGGCGAUUGAGUCCCUGGGUAACCUUGGUUAUGUGGAUGCGAAUGCGAAUGUCUGGCCGGAUGUGCAAGGAUUUUUAGUCGCAGUUCCAUGUAUUAUCGCUUUCUUUACCGUCUUGAUGUCACUCAUAGCUUGGAAACUUUACGACGAAUUUGCCUGGACAAUUUACAAACACAUCAGCGCUGAUUUGCGAAUGAAACGGAGAUUCCUGACCUACCAAAUUUAUAUUGCCUUGUUGAAAUUCGAUUUCUUCUUCUUCCUGGGAUUCACGGUCCAAUUUCUAGUUAUCGUUACUGGUGUACAAGAUUUCGAGUUUGGCUUGACAAUAGCAGCCAUCCCCGUUACCAUCUUCAUUCUAUUCAUGGCCGCCUUCUGGACUCGUCGCGAAAACAAACCAGGGAUGCUCUCAGCCAUUUUCAUCUUCCAUUGUGGUCUAGCCUACUUUAUCUUUAAACUUGCCCGAAUGUACCAACCGGCCAAAGCUGCAGACUAUUUGCCAGUUCGUAAGAAUUUGACAAGUUUUGCUGUCAUCACAAUCAUUCUAAUUAUCCUAACGAUCGUAAACGCUUCCUUAUGUACGGCAAAUUUCAAUAAAGGUCUUAAGCCACAUUUGAGGAGACGAAAGAUCGGUGGCGAAGAGGAGAAAAUCGACAAUAUGACCGAAUUACCAGAUCUCAGUCAUUCUCAAAAACAAUCGAAUCGCAUGACGAUAGAUUAA